GUGUGAAGCCAAGUUUCUUGGUGAUUGUACCUUUAUGUCUUUACCUUCCUACUCUUCAAUGUUUACCUUCCUACUAGAUACUAUUACUAGGUAUUAUUACGUAGUUUAUGGUGUCGUGUGAGUCUAAUCACUACCAUCGUCACUCUUAUCUACGAUGGAUGGUGUAUAAGACACCUCAUCCUCUUGUCACUUUACAUUUCAUCGCAACUUUUCAUGGCCUGUUGUUGGGAUUGAGAUUGCUAUUUGAAUUUUUAUCGAGCAAUGGUCCUACGAUGUGACUCCUAGCAUCAUGUACAACAUGAAUCCAGUUCUCUCAUCUCUCUUAUUUAAUCGACCUUCACUCUCUGUUUUUUUUUCCAAUUCUCCGUACGCACUCGGGAGUAAAAACCGCGCCCCUACCUUACUACUUCGACAGUACUUAAGUAGUGUCAGAACAUGGCAGACGAAUCUAAAAAUGGAACGGCAGCCAGCAAUGAGCGUAUGAAUCAUCCUCCUCCUGUCGUGGCGAGGGAAUCCUACUUCUCGCCACCGCCGUCUUAUGAUACAAACACCCAUCAGCAGCACCACGCCGAGGUAGGAGAGGUAGGAGAACUUCAAGGUUCGCUGAACGCGCCACGGCCUACUGGUCCGUACCACUACAAUUCCUUCGAGCCGAUCCUCUCCGGUGCCUUCGACGCCUUCGACAUGGAUACGUGCGCCUGCUGCACGCCCAACCCCAAUCUGCAGGGCCUCGAGUUCUCCAGCCCACCACCUUUCGAGGCCGUCCCUACGCCUGUGUACCCCGGAGCGGCCCAGGGUGGGAGCUGGACCGACGAAGCAAUGGCCCCCCCGAGCCCGAGCACGAACACCAACACCAGCCCGUUCCUCACCCCACCGAGCACUGCUGCUACUGCGUUCGCCGACCCGGCUGUUGUGUCGUUUGGCCUCGGUAACGACUACCCCCACCACCAACACGAACAGCACCACGACGAUGCUGCUACUACUGCUACUGCAAGCAGUAUCCACAACAACAACAGCAACAGCAACAACCCCCUCCCAGGCUGGAUCCACGGCACCCUCCAGCUCCACGGCAAAGACACCCCCUGCACGGGGUACCUGAACCCGGCGUGGGUGCGCGGCACGCCGACGGGGGUCUUCCUGACGUGGGGCCCGCGGAGCGAGGGGGAGACGGACGUCGUGUUUGCCAGCGACCUCCUCCGCUUCAGCGACAGCGAGGGCGGAGGGCACCGGCUCGCCAUCCCGUUCCCCUGUGCCGCGAGCGGGUGUCUGCGCGCGGCGUCGGAGGUGGGAGGGAACGAGGGUGAGGGUGAGGAGGAACAGUGGGUGUUCGUCGGCGACGGCGUCGUCGCCCCGGAGAUGACGCUGUGGUUCCCGAGUCUGCUGCGCGGCUUCCGGGGAUCGGGGAGGGAGCACCCGCUUCGGGUUGCGAGGGGGUACGGGGUUCGUCGGCUGGGGCCUUGCGGUGGGGGGGUUGGGUCUGGUGCUGCUGGCACUGCUGUCAGUGGUGGUGGUGAUGAUGUUGGUGGUGGUGGUGGUGUUAGUGCUGCUGCUACGCCCCGUAUCUUGUAUCAAGGUGUUGAUGCGAAAGAGCUGGAGAGAAAGAUUCAGGAGUUGCGGGUGCGGGAGGUGCAAGAAGGGGAAGAAGCACAAGCACAAGCACAGGAGCAGCAACCGCAACACGGAAAGAAGAAACGAGGUCGUCGUCCCAGACAUCAUCGCCGAGGAGGCCGUCGGCGUGGGAGUACCGCCACUGCCACUGCCGUUCCCGCUGUUGCUACUUCUACUUCUACUGCCGCCGCUGCUGGUAGUGGUGAUGGCGGUAGUGAAAGUUCACCUUCCGUCAACAUCCCCGUCUCGAUCAACAUCUCCCUCUUGCUUUCUGUGGGCGAAAAUGGCUCAGAUGCGCGGGUGCGGAGUUGCAAUACUCGGGUUACCGCUGGACGUCCUCGCCGGGCGUAGGUGGGUAGAUUGAUUGGUUGAUUGAUGGUCUUUUUGUGUGUUGGGGCGUCAGGGAGCGCAGGGGGAUGAGUUCUUCUAGUGAAUGUUGACGAACAGAUAUCACACAUGAGGAACCACUGAGUUUGUGCGUAGACUUUUGUUAAUAUGUAUGUUUAUUGAUUCAGUCCUCCCCUUUAUGGCCCAAGACCAAAGCCCUC